UUGUGUUGCGCGGAAGGUCUGAAGAAAAAAACAACGAGUUAGAUCUUAAAAAAAAUUGUUAAAUUUUGAUUUUUCGCUUUUGGAGUGUUGAAGUUUUGUGUGCCAGCGGUACUUGUGGCUGUCAACGCUUUAGACGGCGCAAAGUGUCAAAUCGUCAAAAGAGCAGAAAUGUGUCAAUUAAAGAGCGUUAUAUGGACAGUACUACUGCUUCAUUUAAGUGCUGGCCGAGUGGAAUCCGGUUACAUUUAUGAACCCCCCAAGAGUCAAAAUCCUGCUUUGCCGCAGGAAAAUGAGGGCAGCGGCAAUGGUUAUCAAUACCCACCUCCACUAGCUUCACAGCCGGCUUUGCCUGAGCCAACCGUUAGCGGCUACUACUACCCGCAUCCGCCGCAGCGCAUCCCUGUCUUACCUGCAGAGAAUAUAGACUACCGGCCCGUAAGUAAUGAUUCAUCUGCAACACUACCACCUGGCGUAUUGGGUGACUUCAUCGGUGACUUGCCUACGAACCAGCCACCAGGCAAUAAUGAGUCUUUUGCCACCCCACCACAGGGCGUAAUGGGUGAUUUCAUCACUGACAUUAUUAAUGCGCAAAAAGAGCAAAUACUCUCAUCGUUGUUGGGUGGAAAUGGUGACGAUCAUGAUUCGCCCGAUGAUGAUGCAAAGAAAUUUCGCUUCAAUAAAUGUUCUUCUUGCAGCUGCGGCGUACCAAACGUAAAACGCAUUGUUGGCGGCCAAAGCGUGGAUUACAACAAACAUCCCUGGGCGGGACAAAUUCGCAAGAAAGGUUUCGUCUUUUGCGGAGGCACUUUAAUCAACAAUUUGUAUUUACUCACUGCCGGUCAUUGUUGCGAUGGGCUCAGCAUGAAUCAAAUAACCGUACAUCUAUUGGAGCUAAGUCGUUCUGCGCGAGAUAAGGGCAUCACGAGAAGAGUUGUUGGCGUGAAAGUACAUAACAAAUACAACCGUAACACAUUGGAAAAUGAUAUAUGCUUAUUGAAGUUGGAUAAAAGAGUGCCAUUGGAUCAUCCACUUAGACCCGCCUGUAUGCCAAAUCCCAGUCAAAGCUUUCAUAGAAAGGAGGCUACAGUCGUUGGUUGGGGCACUACAAGCCAGGAUGGAAGGGUCGCGAGCGUUUUACAAGAGGUCAAUGUGCCAGUAAUAACAAAUGAAGAAUGCCGUAAGACAAGUUAUAAAAAUAUGAUAAAAAGUACGAUGUUGUGUGCUGGCUACGUGGGUAAAGGUGGCAAGGAUGCUUGUCAGGGUGACAGCGGUGGUCCAUUGGUUGUGCGUGAUCGUGUCUACAGCCUGGCUGGUAUCGUAUCUUUCGGUUUUGGUUGCGCUAGGCCGGAUUCGCCGGGCGUUUACACACGCGUUACUAAAUAUUUGGGUUGGAUCGCGACGAAUACGAAAGAUGCGUGUUAUUGUUCACAAUAAACAAAAGCU